AUGAACGCAGCUGGUCUGCUACAAAGUCCUCAAUGGUUUCUGACUUCCACAUCCUCGUCACUCAUCUCAGACUCAUCUCUGCGCCUCACCUCUCGCUCAAAUACUCCAAAGACAUCACGCUUCCAUACCAACUAUUUGUCUCCUCAUACUUCACUCCACACUACAGCCAAGAUGUUUGUAUUUGCCGUUUCCAGGUCCCAGCUCCUGUCUGCGGACAGGCUGGAGGAGCUGAGAUACAAGGCCAAGAUGCAGUACUACCAAGCCCAUGUCCUCGACCUCGCAUUCUGUGACGUUGAUCUCGAGGACCACAUCAAUGACUUCAUUGAGGGAUACUACAAGCAGCAGACUUGCGCCACGACUUCAUCUUCUUCAGUCUCGCUCGCCUCGGACGAAGCUUCCACGAAGUCUAAGUCCAGGCUGAGACACCUUCUUCACCGUAUCACUGGGAAGAAGCUCUAG